AUGGGAAAUACUUGUGUUAAUGGGAAGAUUGCUAAGGAUGGGUUUCUUCACACAGUUUCACAUUUGUGGUGGCCUAAAUUACCACAGCUGUUUUCUAAUAAUCAGAACAAAGAAAAAUGUUGCGAAGCGCCACCUGCAAUUAAAAAGUUAGAAGGUCCUUGUCCUGUUCAGAAUACACCCCCUGAAUUGGUGGAGAUUGAAAAGGAGGAACGUCAACCAGAAAAGCCAGCACAACCCCAGGCAACUGUGAUCGCAGUAAAGGAAGAUCAAAAACCACCUCAGUCUAGAUCAUGGAAAGAUGAAAUCAAAACUGAUGAGAGGAAACAGGUUCAAAAUCCUGAGAAUGAGAAGCCGAAACCAGUAGAUCCUCCAAAGCCCAAGAAACCCCACAAUGUGAAAAGAAUGAUGAGUGCAGGUCUUAAGGUGGACUCAGUUCUAAGAACUAAAAAAGGAAACCUGAAGGAAUACUAUAAUUUGGACAAAAAACUUGGACAUGGGCAGUUUGGAACGACGUUUUUGUGUGUGGAGAAGACAACUGGAAAAGAGUACGCGUGUAAAUCUAUUGCAAAGAGAAAACUGUUGACUCUGGAGGAUGUGGAGGAUGUCAGGAGAGAAAUUGAGAUCAUGCAUCACUUAGCUGGCCACCCGAAUGUCAUUUCAAUCAAAGCAGCUUAUGAGGAUGCCGUGGCCGUUCAUGUUGUGAUGGAAUUGUGUGCAGGAGGGGAGCUCUUUGACAGAAUUGUUAAAAGAGGGCAUUACUCCGAGAAACAAGCAGCCGAGCUUACCAGGACAAUAGUUGGUGUUAUUGAAGCCUGCCAUUCUUUGGGAGUCAUGCACCGGGAUCUCAAGCCCGAGAAUUUCCUAUUUGUCAAUGCGGAGGAGGAUUCUCCUAUAAAGACAAUAGAUUUUGGGCUAUCCAUAUUCUUCAAGCCAGGGGAUAUAUUCACUGAUGUGGUUGGUAGCCCAUAUUAUGUCGCUCCAGAAGUUCUUAGUAAGCGCUAUGGACCAGAGGCGGAUGUCUGGAGCGCAGGUGUGAUGAUUUACAUUCUUCUUUGCGGCGUGCCUCCAUUUUGGGGAGAAAGUGAGCAACAAAUAUUUGAAGAGGUUGUGCAUGGCGAUAUUGAUUUCUCAUCAGAUCCUUGGCCUAAUAUCUCUGAAAGUGCCAAAGAUCUGGUGAAGAGAAUGCUUGUGAGGGAUCCAAAAAGGAGGUUAACUGCUCACGAAGUUCUUUGCCACCCUUGGGUGCAGGCUGACGGAGUAGCUCCUGAUAAACCUCUUGAUUCUGCAGUUUUAACUCGCUUGACACAAUUUUCAGCUAUGGACAAGCUUAAGAAAAUGGCUCUUAGGAUCAUUGCAGAAAGUCUCUCAGAAGAAGAAAUUGCAGGGCUAAAAGAAAUGUUCAAAAUGAUAGAUACAGACAACAGCGGUCAUAUUACUUUUGAAGAACUUAAGGCUGGACUGAAACGAUUUGGAGCAAAUCUUGAUGAAUCUGAGAUAUAUAACUUGAUGAAGUCUGCAGAUGUUGACAACAGUGGUACGAUUGAUUAUGGCGAGUUCAUAGCUGCAACAUUGCAUCUGAACAAAAUCGAGAAGGAAGAUCAUCUGUUUACAGCCUUUUCAUAUUUUGAUAAAGAUGGCAGUGGCUAUAUUACACCAGAUGAACUUCAGAAAGCUUGUGAAGAGUUUGGCAUAAAGGAUGUCCACUUGGAAGAAAUGAUCCGAGAGGCUGACCAAAACAACGAUGGACGGAUAGAUUAUAAUGAGUUUGUGGCGAUGAUGCAGAAAGGAGAUGCAGAUUUAGUUAAUUUUGCCAUGACUUCAUCAUUUGGUGCCAAAACUCCGGAGGAGAGUCUGGAUGAAGUCCGUCGAAAUGAUGGUGGUGCUCACCUGGACCUGGAGAGGGUGCCGGAUUUAGAGAUGGACAGGGAGCCACUGCAUCGAAAAUGGGCAACACCGGAGGCUCGCCAGCAGGAACCGGUGGCGCUGCUUUCUUCAGCCCUGUGGGUUCUUGGGUCAACUUCUGGUGCUCCCUCAGUUACUACUGCAGGAAUUGACCUCGAACUUCGCCUGGUAUUGGAAUCUUGUUGCACAGAUUUGGGAACCAACAAUCUUUCAAUGCCGUGGAUGAUGCCACCUGGGCGAAUAAUAUCAUCUGCUUUAAUAAUUCUCGCCUUGCCCACAAUUUUAUCUCCAUUUUUCUCUCUCUCUCUGAAUUUUUUCUUCAAAUGCAUCACGGCAAAGACUGGUAUGAUGGAUAGGCUUGUUCACCUCCACAGGCCAAUGCUUGGACUUAAUGCUAGUUGGAAUCAUAUGGAAAAGCAGCAGAUUUUGAAGGGAUUUCAGAUUCCUCGGCUCAAGCAAAAAUCGCUUAAACUCCACAUCCAAAUAUCGUUCCAAUGCUUCAUUUCACUGCGCAAAGAUUGUAAUAUUAUGCUUCGACACAGCUCCUUCAAGAGUCUGUAA